AUGUUCCGGCAAAUACUCGUCCAUCCGGAAGAUCGCCGCUUCCAGCGGAUACUCUGGCACUCAGGGGCUUCCGACAAGGUCCAAGAAUUCGAGCUGAACACCGUGACCUACGGGCUCGCCUGCGCUCCGUUCCUCGCCGUCCGCACACUUCGCCAAUUAGCAGCCGACGAAGAAGCGCGGGGCCCGAAGGAGGCAGCCGCUCUGCGCCGUGACUGUUACAUGGAUGAUGUAAUUACGGGAUCAGACACCUUGCGCGAUGCGGUCGCCUUGCAGACGGAACUCCGAGAGCUUUGCACGGCGGGCGGGUUUCCGCUGCGGAAAUGGGCCGCCAAUAGCGAGACAAUCCUGGAGGGAGUUCCUCCGGAUCAUCGACUCCAGCAGGCGCACCACUCCUGGGAGAACGAGGUGCACUCCACCUUAGGCCUGCGCUGGCAUCCCGCCAGUGACGAAUUCUCUUUCGCGAUCCGGCCUCGAGCCUCUGGGGGGUACACGAAGAGGCAAGUCCUAGCGGAAACGGCGCGGUUAUUCGAUCCCUUGGGGUGGCUCGCCCCUGUUAUUAUCCGUGCCAAGAUACUGAUCCAAUCAGCGUGGUUGAAAGGGCUGGAUUGGGACACUCCGCUCCCAAUUGAGGACGCGCAGUCCUGGCGGCGCCUCCUCUCCGAACUCCAUUUACUGGAGCGCCUCCGAAUAAGGCGCUGGCUGGGCACUGUCCACCAGGGCACGCAGAUCGAAAUCCACGGAUUCGCCGACGCGUCCGAGCGUGGUUUCGCGGCGGUCGUCUACCUUCGCGUGAAGAGUGUCGACGAGACGUCCAUUCACCUGCUGGCGGCUAAAAGCAAGGUCGCGCCAAUAAAACCCGUGACGCUCCCACGGCUAGAACUUUGCGCUGCAUCCUUGCUGACGGGUCUUGUACGGCACCUCCGGUCUUCACUCGACCUACCAUCGGCGCCCGUAUAUCUCUGGUCCGACUCCCGAGUCGUCCUUCACUGGAUCAAGGGCCACGCGUCUCGGUGGAAAACCUACGUGGUCAACCGAGUGUCACUGAUCCAGCAGCGGCUCCCCGAAGCUCAAUGGAGGCACGUGCCUGGCCAAGAGAAUCCCGCCGAUUGUGCGUCCAGAGGGAUCGCACCGAGGGACCUGUUGAACCACUCCCUCUGGUGGAAUGGCCCGGCUUGGCUGCUCAAGGGUCAGUCGCUAUGGCCGGACAGCCACGACCAGACAUCGAUGGAAAACGUUCCUGAAAAGAGAAUGACGGUAUUAGUCGCCACCAGCAAGGACAGACCGGAGCCGGAAAUCCUCCUCCAGUUCUCAACGCUGCAUAGACUCUUACGUGUCUCUGCCUGGUGCCUUCGUUGGCGCCGAACUCCUCGCCGUUCUCCCAGCACUGCACUGCUCCCGGACGAACUCGACUCCGCUCUACUCCGUUGGCUCAGGGUCGUCCAGGGAGUCCACUACCCUGCCGAGCUCGCCGCCGUACGUGAGUCUCGCUCAAUGCCUCACGGCAGUCACCUGGCCAGGCUGCACCCCUUCAUCGACGACAAGGGAGUCCUGCGUGUCGGUGGUCGCCUGAAACACGCCAUACUGACCUUCGAUGAACGACACCCCAUGAUAGCACCGCCCACUUCAUGGCUCACUAAGCUCAUGGUGGAAUCCUGCCACCGCCGGACGCUGCAUGGAGGCACGCAGCUCACUCUGGGGCUCCUCCGCCUCCGCUUCUGGGUUCCGCAGGGUCGAGCCGUGGUCAAGCGGAUCCUGCACCGAUGCGUGACUUGCACCCGCUGGCGAGCCAUCACUCCGCAGCCUCUCAUGGGCGACCUCCCUCGAGAGCGAGUUACUCCUGCUCGUCCCUUCCUGAGAACGGGAGUCGAUUACGCUGGCCCGAUAUUCAUCCGUACAUCCAAAGGACGUGGACAUCGAGCGCAUAAGGCGUUCAUAGCUGUAUUCGUUUGCCUUUGUUCCAGAGCGAUCCACCUUGAAGUAGCGUCUGACUACUCCUCAGACGCUUUUCUCGCCGCCUUCCGCAGGUUCGUUUCCCGCCGUGGACUGUGCGAGGAAAUGUACUCAGACUGCGGGACGAACUUUAUCGGAGCAGACAGACAACUCCGAGAACUUUUCCGAGCAUCUUCUCCCGACGGCCGUCGAAUCUCUCAGGCAGUCACCAAAGAGGGUAUAUCCUGGCGCUUCAACCCGCCUAGCGCCCCGCACUUUGGAGGACUCUGGGAGGCGGCGGUGAAGUCGACGAAACAUCACCUGCGACGGGUGAUAGGAGAAGCUACGCUUACCUUCGAGGAGAUGAGUACUCUUCUGGCUCAAAUCGAAGCUUGUCUGAACUCUCGUCCGUUGCAGGCCUUAUCUGACGAUCCGGACGACCUGUCCGCACUGACUCCAGGACAUCUUCUUAUAGGCGCCCCUCUGCUGGCGAUUCCAGAGCCUUCAUCGGCCGAACGUUCACCAAGUAUGUUGUCGCGGUGGCAACUCCUCCAGCGAAUGCGCGACCACUUCUGGCAGCGAUGGUCCCAGGAGUACAUCCACGCCUUGGCACCCCGUCCAAAAUGGCUCAAGGCCGAGCUCGCUCCGGAGGUCGGAGCUUUGUGCCUCAUCCGCUCGGAGUCAACUCCACCUGCCCGAUGGCCUCUCGCGCGUAUCAUCCGGUUGCACCCAGGAAGCGACGGCACUGUCCGCGUGGUGACCGUCCGAACGUCCACGUCGGAACUCGUCCGGCCGAUUGUAAAGCUCGUCCUCCUGCCGGGAGUCAAGGAGGCCCACACGCCCGCGGACGAGUAG